AUGACUACUGCAAACUCUGAACUAGAUAGGGAACAUCAGGAACAGAUGUUCAUCUAUUUACAAUCUCUCGAAAAUUUCUUUAAAGUAACUGGUAUUAACCAUGAUAGAUCAAAAUCCGCAAGGGCUCAGAAGGCAAGAUUAAAAUUAAUUAAAUUAUCAGCUCUACAAUUUUAUGAAUUGAGUACAGAUGUAUUCGAUGAGUUGAAUAGAAGGAUAAGCGAAGACCAAACUAAACCAAAUUAUCUAUUACCGAAGGUCAAUUUCCAUUUAAAACGUAAUCAAGCAAGACAAAAAUUAGCAAAUUUAUCUCAAACUAGAUUCAAUGAUCUUAUAGACGAUAUUUUAUAUGAAAUACGUAGAAGAGGAAUGGGUUACAAUCCAAACGAAAUUAAUAGUUUUAUUAGCAACGAUGAUAAUAUCUCAAAAUCUUCAAAUUUAAAUUUAAUAGCUCCAACUAUCGGCCUACAAGAAUCUGAAAUCGUGCCCAAAAAGGCAUCAAUAGAUUGGUCAACCGAAGAAGAAGAAGAAUCCGAGUCUCAUAAAAAUAUUCACAAGCUUUAUACUGGCGAUUUCGAUACUAUCACGUCAGAAAAGGAUAUAUUAAACAAAUCUCAUCAUGGUAACACCAUAAAAUCCUCUCCAUUGAUACAAGAAACUUCAAUGAAAUUUAACCAACCUGCAUUUGAUCUAAAUAGUUCGCCUGAACAAAGACAACAAAAACAUGAUAAUAAUAAUAAUGAUAAUACUAAUAAUACUAAUAAUACUAAUAAUAGUAAGAAUAACAAUAAUAACGAUAAUACAACAACAACGAUCUCUAUUAAUGAUGAUACGACCACUCUAGAACCAACAAUUGCAAAAGUUGUCAAUGUACAAGAAAUAAUCCCACCAAAACCAAGUAUGAACAUCAAAACAAACCACCAACAACACUUACCAUUUAAUGCAUAUGAUAUAAAUUAUAAAAAUGAGAUAACCUCAUUAAGCGAUCAAGUAAGUAAAUUAUCAAUUGAAAAUGAAAAAUUGAACCAAAUGAUAGCAGAACUAAAAUUGGAACCAGGCAUCGAAUUAAUACAUUCUUCAAAAGAUAUGCUAACAAGAUUAAGCAAAAAAUAUCCAUUAGAUAAAAAUGCAUUAGAAAUGUACAUUUCCAACGACGGUCAUGUUCCUAUAACUAUCCUCUUGAAGAUAAAUGGAUUGAUAAACUCAUUUUUCGAACAGCUAAUUCAAAGAAAUCCGGACUCUAUAGGGAAAUACUUGUUUGAAAUUCUCUAUCAACUUUCCAAUUUGGUUUAUGAACUCCUGCUUCGUACAGAUUUCCCGAUUUAUAAAGAUCAAAUUGUUUUACUCAAGGCUAGUUAUUCUCAUUUGAUUACUUCUGUAAGAUAUUAUUCUAUUUACAGCUCAAUUCUACCUCAAGUCACAGUUCAAGCAGCUGUCACAGAAUUUUCAUAUUCUGUUUGUAAUUUAAUACACCAUGCAAAAUUAAUAGAUGAUGACAAUUCCGAUCAUGAUCAAGACACUACAGCGGGCGAUUUUAAUUCCUCCGUAGUUCAUAGAGGUUUUGAACACCAUAGUAAUAUAAAUGGUGCUAAUCUUCACGAAUCAAAUAGUCCGUUUUCAACCCAAAAAAUCCUAUCAUCACUGACAACUAGUGGUAAUUACAAUGAAAUGAAUGGUAAUAAUUACGACAAAUCGUUAGAUAAAAAAAAUGAGGGAGCAGAAGAAGAUGACAAUGACGAUUUCGAGCUUUCUCCUGUAAAACCUUUAAAAAUUCUACAAAAGGCUACAAUGAAUAUGAAUCCAAGCUCUUCAUCUUCUGCAAGGAAAAUAUCAUCUGCUGGAGUAAUGCCUUCAUUAUUGGAUGCUAGUAGAUCGAAAUCUCAACUAAAUAUACAUUUAGAAAAUGGGAGAUCUACUAAUACAGAAAAUAGUGUCCCAACAAUUGAGAAACGAUCUCUGAAAAUAAUUUCAGACGUUAGUGCAUCUAACGGUGAUAUUAAUAAAGGUUUAAAGGAGUUAGAGAAAAAUAAUGAUUAUGAUAUAAAGGAAGAUGUAAACAAAUCAGUAAAAGUAAUCUCACCAACCAAGGUAGAAUUGAGCACCGAAGAAGAAAAGGAACUAAACAAGAGCGAUGCACAAGUAGAUACUUCAUUACAAUCACAAACGCUGUACAACGAUAGUAAUGCGAUAUCUAUCGAAGAUUCUUCAAUGGCAAAAAUGGAUUCUAAAUUAAUUAAUGAAGCGGCAGUCUCUAAAAACACCAAAAACAAGACCAUCACAGAAGACCCAGAGACAUCAACUCAAGUAUUUACUGAUAAAAUGAAGAAAUUUAAUAAUUCCAUCGGUAUUGGAUUCAGGAUGGCAUCACCAAAUGAUGACACUAAAAAGUUAGAAUCCAAUGUUAAGAAAAACGAUGAGAUCAAAGGAGACCCUAAAGUUGUACCAAUGGAAAGAUCAGUGAAGAGGGAACCUACGAUUCCCAAAUACAAAGCUGAAGAAUCUAAACUGACAGCUAAGAUGAAACAAGUUUUGGAAGUUGAUGACGAUUUACCUGUAGUAUCUAAGGGAACAGACGAAGUAACAGAGGUGCCGGUUGUGGUUGAGAAAGAUAUUGCAGUCGACGAACCGGUUGUUGUUGAGAAACCUGUUGCAAUUAAAAAACCUGUUAUUAUAGAAGAAGAUUUAAAUGCAGCACCUGACGUCGUGAAAGCCAAUGUACAAAGAGCUGAGAGGAAUAAGAUGGAUAGACAAGAAGCGGCAGAUGAUGAUGAAGAGGAAGAAGAGAGCGAAUCUGAAUUUGAAACUGGUAGUGAAUCGGAAGAGGAGUUUGAUAUAGACGCAUUUGAUAUAGAGAAUCCCGAUAAUACGUUACGUGAAUUGCUAUUAUACUUAGAGCAUCAAACAGUUGAAGUUAUUUCUACAAUUCAAUCAUUAUUAAGCUCUAUAAAGCAACCUAAAUCUACAAAUGGUAAACUUCGUAUUGAAUCCAAUGCUAUUAAUCAAGUAAUCGGACAAAUGGUUGAAGCUACUACGAUAUCUAUGAACCAAAGUCGUAAUGCUGGUUUAAAAGAGCAUGGUAAUUGGGUAGUUCAAAGUCUUUCUGAUUGUAGGAGACGCAUGACAAUGCUAUGUGAUUUAAAACCAGAUGGUAAAUUUAUUAGCAGUAUUAAAGAUACUGAAUUUGCAGAUAAGAAUUUCAAGCAAAGAUUAGCAGGGAUUGCAUUUGACGUUGCUAAUGUACAAAAGAGUUAG